UUUAUAAGCACGUCUGCUAAGAACGUCGAGGUAAAAGGAAAACAUGGAGCUGUUUGUAAUUUCACCUAGUUUGAAGUUUACUAAUCUAACCAUCGCCACAAACUCGACAGUCAGUGAUCUGAUCGAUCAGUUUAUCACUAAAGAGAGUCUUCCUUUCUCUGACUUAUAUGUGACGAGUAAUGGACGCAUAUCUCACAGUACUGACUUGCUUCAGUCUGGUGUGGUCUAUCGUGUGGAGCCUCGGUUAUGUGGAGGCAAAGGAGGCUUUGGGUCCAUGCUGAGGGCCCUCGGUGCACAAAUUGAAAAGACCACGAACCGCGAGGCUUGCAGAGAUCUGAGUGGUAGAAGACUGCGUGACGUCAACCAUGAGAAACAAAUGGCAGACUGGUUGAAGAAGCAGGCAGACCGAGAGGCAGAGAAGGAGCAGCGACGCUUGGAACGCAUUCAGAGGAAACUGGCCGAGCCGAAACAUUAUUUCACAGACACAGAUUAUGAGCAGCAAUGCCAUGAAUUACAAGAGAGACUGGAAGACUCUGUCCUUAAAGGCAUGCAAGCAUCUUCCAGUGGGCUUGUGCAGCCAGGCGAAGGCCCAAGCCGUAAGCGUUCGACUCCGACCGAGAGCAAAAAGAAAUCAAAGAAGGUUUGCCUCUGGACUGGCCUAGGUGAACUGGAUGAUUUGGGCAUAUCUGGUGAAAGCAGCGAUAGCGAUAGCGACAGCGAGGCGUCUCCCUCGACCUCUACCUCGGGGUCUGCGGCUUCCUGUAGCUCUGAUGUACCCAAACCAGCUUUACUGCCCUCGACCACUAGGGGGCAGGACAGCACUGAACAUCAGAACCAACCCGGUAGCACCAGCAGUUCCUCCAGCAGUUCCUCCAAUAGUCCUGCACCCAGCUCCACAACACCCAGCCAGGAGAAAGAGGAGGAAGGUAGUAAAGAAGAGGUGGAGAAGGAGUGUAUGGUGGAGAAUACACAGAACACCAUCAAGGAGGAGGAGGAAAGGAGUGUAGAGGAGGUGCAGAAGGAAUCAGGGAAAGAGUGUACAGUUGAACAGGUUGUACAACCAGAGACACAGAGUACCCCAGCUGAGAGCAGUCAAACACAAGAAGCGAUGGAAGUUCCACUAGAUUUGCUCUCUGUGAAGGGAGUCGAGCAGUUGGAAGCUUUGGGUUUGGAGCAGGUGAAGAAAGCGCUGAUGGAAAGAGGGAUGAAAUGUGGAGGAACGCUGCAGGAACGUGCCGCUCGUCUUUUCUCUGUAAGAGGACUGACUCCAGAUCAGAUCGACCCCACACUCCUAGCCAAACCCAGCAAGGGCAAGAAGAAAUAAUUUAUCAGAAACGGAAUGUUUUUGUAACUCUGAUGUGCUUUGUAAUUGACAUGUCUGUCAGAAAUUACUAGGUUUUAUAGCAGAUAUAACGUUUUUUUCAUUAUUGGUCAGAUGUUGAUAAAAAUUCAAAACAUAUGUUGAAGCUUAAAGUUUUUCUUGCAUUCAGUUUAUCUACCCUACCAUUAAACUUGAAUAUAUUGCUUUAACACCAAUGGUCUUGUAUUUCAUUUAAGGUCUCGUAUUUCAUAGACGAGGCUUAGCCUAAACCAGGACAAUGUCUUUAUAUUGUCUAUUGUAGCUUUUAUUAAAAUGCUUUAGAACAAAAUCUUGAAACAAAACAAUGGCGCUUACAUAUUUUAAGACAUGUCAAGGCAAGUUAUUUUCAGCUCACAGUUAAUUUUAGUCUGGGACUAGUCUUGUCUGUAACACCGGGACACUGUCUCGUUGUUUGACUGUUUUUUCCGUUACGAUUCUAUUCAUUAAACAUGACCAAAGCUCA